GGUUAUGGGUCGGUAUGCGAGUCGGCUCGGAGGAAAUUCUUGUGUUUUUGGAAUGCGUUUACCCCGGGGGGGACCCCGUGAUCCGGAGGGAGGGUGACCUCUGUCUAAGAAGCCGCUCUUGUAGCUGCUCAUUCGCGGUCUGGUUUCAGAUUCACGGCGGUGACAGCAUCGCCUCAAACUACUACCGUUCACCUUUUGCUUUUAUUGCUAUGUUUCCCUCGGUCCUAAUCAAAGGCAGGUCAGUGGCUCUGCCUCCAACAGGGGGCACACGCAGCUCAGCCGUCCUCCGAACCUACAGGCACAGUUUACUUACAAAACUCCACUGGUGCGUUUUUACCCGUCGCAUCAGUUAAAUGUCAGCUCAGUGAAAAGCGGCGCUGCGAUGAUGCAACUGCGUCUUUUAAUGGAGCCAUAAACAAAGGAAGCGGUGGAACCUUAAGCUCAGCUCUGACUGAACUUCAUCUCUUUAUUACGAAUGAAACAUCUCCACAGAUUCACAGAGCAGUUUGUGCAGAAAUGAUCCGGGUCGGGCCCAGGCAGAACCGCAGCUGCUCGCGCUCCUCCUCACCUGCAGGCGCCAGGUUGAGGGCGCACGUCGCUCAAACAGACAGAAGUUGGUGCUUGGACCGACGUGUGCAACGCACAGACUGGGCUUGGGAUCCUGGCUGCGUUUGGACACAGAACAGUGUUUGUGGACCGGCGCUGGCGGCUCGAGGAGACGGGCCGCUACAGCUCGCCCACACGCAAAUGUGAGAUAUUCUAAUGAGCAAUCUGGCCCCUCUGAAUCCCAGCCUCCCGGCGGCGCAGGCUCCGAGGACGUGUCACACUGUGCGUCUAUCAGUCCCGCUCGUGCCAAGUGUCUGGCUUGGAGUUGGACGGGACGUGUGACUGUGAGCUCGGCGCCGGCUCGGUCCGAUGACUGACGUGCUCCCGACACCUGCUCUUCACAGCCCAAACUCUUUGCAAUGCACAUGAGCGAGGCCGCGUCUGCUGCAGAAUCACACAUGGUGGAGGUUUGGACUGAAUGCGUUUAUCAGGUGGAACCAGAACCUGCCAGUGAAGCCUGUGCUUUAGGUGCCAGCGUUCUCCUAGCGAGGCCCUAUCAUCAGUGUCCCGCAUCGGAUCCAGCCUCCCGUCGCUGCGGGGUAAAAAUAUCUGUACUUACAGUAGCCGAGUGCUACUUAAUGUAAAAGGAGAAGAAAAGCUCCAGCCCCCUCGCGCCCACGUCUUUCCCCUGCACAUGUGAGGCUGGUGACAUCAUCAGAGCUGCUCUAGAAGCGGCGUGGGCUCCGCUUGUGGGCCGGCACCGUGUGUUUGUGCCUCUGCGUGGGUGAGGGGAAUGAAAGCCAAGCUCCGGCGCCGUGGGCCCGCGCCGCUCCUGCUUGUGUGUGCCCAGCCGGAGGCUCUGGUUCUGGGCUGCGCCGCCUCCCACGCUGGGGUACGGCCCGGCCCGAGUGGGAGGGAGGGAGGGCGGAGUGGGCCGGCGCUCUGAGUCACAGACAGAACCGCUGCGAGUGCUCGGUACGAGGCCCAGCCGCGUCCCGCAGCAGCGCAGGCCUCUGCUGCCUGGAUCUGUUCAGGCCCGGCCCGGUUACUCAUCUUCUUGCACUUGAGAGACAGAUGGCUGCAUCAGACUCAGCCCCAUCUGUUGGACCCGCUCGCGCUCUCUCUCUCCCAGUCUGCUCUGAAGGAAGCAGAGCGCCAGGCUGCGCGUCCACGUGUUCCGGAGGGAGCGACGGGCUCCGGCACCGGCACCGGCACCGGCCUGGUUCGUCAAGACAAAUGCAGCUCUCUGGUUCCGUGUGGACGAAGGUUUAUUGACUGAUUUGCUAAAUCAUUUUCCUCAGUUGCUCGUGAUGCUAAGAGGAAAAGGCUUGAAAUGCUGGACUCGCUGGUUCCGGAUGAGUGAUUGUGUGCAGUUUUACGGUGAUGCUCUCGUUCCCCAGUAAGUGGUGGCAGACAUGUACUGGUUCCAGUCCCAGGACAAAUACAUCAGUGGGCCGGUUCUGACCCAGUGAGCUCAGCUGCCGUGCUUCUGGGUGCUCGUUCAGAAAAUGGAAGGUGGUUCCACAGGAAGGUGGUUCUCCCAGCAGGAGGCUGCCGGUGCAUGGGUGUGGGAGGGGAGAACGUGGAGGCGAGGAGGAAGCGCAGGGAGGGACGGGGAAGUCAGGACAGGAAGCGCUGGUGGCGCUGGAAUGUUUCACAAGAAGGCGUCAGCAGCUGCUCAUGGGCCACGGUUCUCCCCACGCCGUGACCCCUCGCCGCCCGGCGCUGAUCCGACACCUCAGAGGAGGAGAGGAAGAGGAAACGGGGGAGGGAGGGGAGGAGUCGGCGCUGUCACACGUGUGUCCACGAGGCCACGGUCGCGAGCAGCAGGAUGCAGAACCUCCCCCUCUCGGGCCGACCCAGCAGAACUCACACCUUUUGUCCGCAGGAAUGUGAGGAAUCCCCAGCUUCCAGACUGGGAGUCCUGAAGGAGGAUCUCCAGGCCCUCGAUGAGGAGCUGGUCUGAGGCUCCGACAUCAAACUGGAUGCUUGUCUGUCUUCAAUGUUUCAAACAGUUUCCCCCUUAAAUCAUUAAGGAUGAAUGCUUCCACACUCUUCGUUUCUGAAACCACUAAAAAAAUAAAAACAAUAAUUAUUUCUUUUCCAGUGAGUCAGGUUUCUUCUCAGCUCCUCAGCAGCUGAAUAACAGGAUCAAGAAUAAACUGUCAGGUUGCUGCUGUUGGCAGCGAGCAGCUGUAACUCAAAUGGCUCCACACAGUAUCACGAUCUGGACCCGACCCGGGAACCAGUUCUGCUUCAGAGCGAGCCACCGUGGUUCACCCGCAGCUACAGAGACGACUGGAGCUGCUGAACAGGUGGAUGUUAGUCAACAGGGGUUCUGCCCAGCGGUUCUGGUCACCGGUUCUGCCCAGCGCUUCUUUUCUUUUUUUUUUUUUUUUUUUGGUUCUCCUCUAUGGCUCUUUUCCGCACUUUUUCUCAGCGCUUCUUCUCAUUGGUUCUUCUCAUUGGUUAUACACAGCUGUUCUGCUCGGUGGUUCUGCUCAGCGGUUCUUCUCAUUGGUUAUACACAGCGGUUCUGACCAGCUGUUCUGCUCGGUGGUUCUGCUCAGCGGUUCUUCUCAUUGGUUCUUCUCAGCGGUUCUUCUCAUUGGCUCAUCUCAUUGGUUCUUCUCAGCGGUUCUGCCCAGCUGUUCUGUUCAGUGGUUCUUCUCAUUGGUUCUUCUCAUUGGUUAUACACAGCGGUUCUGACCAGCUGUUCUGCUCGGUGGUUCUGCUCAGCGGUUCUUCUCAUUGGUUCUUCUCAGCGGUUCUUCUCAUUGGCUCAUCUCAUUGGUUCUUCUCAGCGGUUCUGCCCAGCUGUUCUGUUCAGCGGGUUCUUCUCAUUGGUUCUUCUCAUUGGUCCUGCUCAGCGGUUCUGCUCAGCAGUUCUUCUCAUUGGUUCUUCUCAUUGGUUACACCCAGCGGUUCUGACCAGCUGUUCUGCUCAGUGGUUCUUCUCAUUGGUUCUUCUCAUUGGUCCUGCUCAGCGGUUCUGCUCAGCAGUUCUUCUCAUUGGUUCUUCUCAUUGGUUACACCCAGCGGUUCUGACCAGCUGUUCUGCUCAGUGGUUCUUCUCAUUGGUUCUUCUCAUUGGUUCUUCUCAGCGGUUCUUCUCAUUGGCUCAUCUCAUUGGUUCUUCUCAGCGGUUCUGCCCAGCUGUUCUGUUCAGCGGGUUCUUCUCAUUGGUUCUUCUCAUUGGUCCUGCUCAGCGGUUCUGCUCAGCAGUUCUUCUCAUUGGUUCUUCUCAUUGGUUACACCCAGCGGUUCUGACCAGCUGUUCUGCUCAGUGGUUCUUCUCAUUGGUUCUUCUCAUUGGUCCUGCUCAGCGGUUCUGCUCAGCAGUUCUUCUCAUUGGUUCUUCUCAUUGGUUACACCCAGCGGUUCUGACCAGCUGUUCUGCUCAGUGGUUCUUCUCAUUGGUUCUUCUCAUUGGUUCUUCUCAGCGGUUCUUCUCAUUGGCUCAUUCUCAUUGGUUCUUCUCAGCGGUUCUGCCCAGAUGUUCUGUUUCAGCGGGUUUCUUCUCAUUUGGUUCUUCUCAUUGGUCCUGCUCAGCGGUUCUGCUCAGCAGUUCUUCUCAUUGGUUCUUCUCAUUGGUUACACCCAGCGGUUCUGA